UUGGCUAAGUGCGCGCCUCGCCACUGAAACCAGUUUGCAAAAGGAAAUUUUCUUUAGACCAAACUAAAACCGAUAGGAUCGUUACGAUUUGAUCAUUUUGAAUGCAAUUUAUUCUGGAAUUAAUAAACUAGGUCGGAGCCCGCGCACAUGUUUUCCCUCCAGAUGAUGUUUGCUAUCAAUACGCUAUGUGUUAUUUAUUAUUUUUAAUUAUAAUUUGGAUUGACCGAAACUAACAUUCAAAGUGAAAGUUAAUAAACAUAACGGUACAAAUAAUGGGAUAACAUUCAGAUCCCGCCGAAAUCGAUAACACUCACGUCAAAAUCAACGGAAACACAUUUUAUUUGUGAUAAUUUAGUGAUUAAUAUCUAAGUGACAAAUAAAAACACAAGUACAAAAAUCUGACAACGAAAUAAAAUUUUAUAGUUUUAAAUCGGUCAAUAUUAAAUUCAAAUUUUAAUAAUGAUGCUAACUACUGAACACAUUAUGCACGGGCAUCCGCAUUCAUCGGUUAGCCAGAGUACAAUUUUUGGUUGCUCCACGGCGGGUCACAGUGGCAUUAAUCAACUAGGCGGUGUCUAUGUCAAUGGCCGACCAUUGCCUGAUUCUACCCGUCAAAAAAUUGUGGAAUUGGCACAUUCCGGCGCUCGUCCAUGUGAUAUUUCAAGAAUACUGCAAGUUUCAAAUGGUUGCGUAAGCAAAAUUUUGGGAAGAUAUUAUGAAACAGGAUCAAUUAAGCCCCGUGCGAUAGGUGGUUCAAAACCGCGGGUAGCCACGACACCAGUCGUUCAGAAAAUUGCUGAUUAUAAAAGGGAAUGCCCCAGCAUAUUUGCCUGGGAAAUUCGGGAUCGGCUUCUAUCGGAACAAGUUUGCAAUAGCGAUAACAUUCCCAGUGUGUCGUCUAUUAACCGAGUCUUGCGCAACUUGGCCUCUCAGAAGGAGCAGCAAGCCCAGCAACAAAAUGAAUCUGUAUAUGAAAAGCUUCGAAUGUUUAAUGGUCAAACUGGGGGAUGGGCUUGGUAUCCCAGCAAUUCAACGACCACUCACUUAUCUUUACCACCAGCGUCAGCGACUGUAGCGACACCAACUAAUUUGUCUGAACAAAUAAUUCGAGAAGAUGUUCAAAAACGUGACUUACAAUAUUCAGCUGAUGUUUCUCACACUAACUCUCAUGACAGUACAUCAGACGGAAACUCUGAUCACAAUUCAUCUGGAGACGAGGAUUCCCAAAUGCGAUUGAGACUUAAACGGAAAUUACAGCGUAAUCGAACUUCUUUUACCAAUGAACAAAUUGAUAGCCUGGAAAAAGAAUUUGAGAGAACACACUAUCCUGAUGUUUUUGCACGAGAGAGACUUGCGGAUAAAAUUGGUUUGCCAGAGGCACGUAUUCAGGUUUGGUUUUCAAAUCGCCGAGCCAAGUGGCGCCGGGAGGAAAAAAUAAGAACACAGAGACGGUCAGUGGAUAACAUUGGUAAUAACAGUGGUCGAUCUAGUACUGUAGCGAAUAACACUUCCGGAGGCGCUACGUCCUCUGUUACAACUUCUAACAAUUCUACACCCGGUAUUAUAAACCCUUCAGCUUCCGGUUCGGAAAGACCAUCAUCAGAUGUAAUUACCACAAACAACCUUACUGAGACACCUAAUGGAACAAGCGUUCUUGGCGGGGAUACAAACCCUGCACAUACAAGAUCUGAAAGUCCACCAAUCCAAGCGGUAGCACCACGAAUUCCCCUUAACACUGGUUUCAAUACAAUGUACCCAUCUAUCCCGCAACCCAUUGCUACAAUGGCAGAAAACUAUAACUCAUCUUUAGGAUCAAUGACACCCACAUGCUUGCAGCAACGGGACGCAUAUCCUUACAUGUUUCAUGAUCCAUUAUCUUUAGGAUCUCCAUAUGCUCCAACCCAUCACAGGAAUCCCACAUGUAAUCCGGCAGCUGCGCAUCAACAGCCUCCUCAGCAUGCCGUUUAUUCAAACAGCUCAUCAAUGGUCUCAUCAAAUACAGGUGUCAUAUCUGCAGGGGUUUCGGUGCCUGUUCAAAUUUCGACGCAGAAUGUAUCGGAUCUAACGGGAACUAAUUAUUGGCCACGUCUCCAGUGAUCUUCAAUUUUUAAUUUUUCUUCCGACCUUUUCUCAAAAGCGGCAGCUGCAGCCAUAGCUGUUACAAAUAGAACUGAUCAAAACCCACAGAAUUAUAAGAAUAAAGGAUGUUCAGUUGUUAGUAAAAGUGCUUCAAAUAGCAACGAUAUCCCACCGAAUUUAAACAGUCAGCCACGAGCAUCUAGAUUUCUUAACAUAAACAUGGGAAAGGAAAAAGCUUCGUGUUUGAGAACAGGUCUUGAUGUUGUCAUACGUCAAGGCCGUAUAUUUCCGGUAUCGCCAUCCCCCUCAAGCUCGUCUGAACGUAUUAACAUCAAUAUUCAUCCUGAUUAUCAAAUAAUCUAACAUUUUUUGUGUAAAUGCCAUUUUUUAUCAGUUUCGUUUCCAAGAAAUUUGAAAAUUUUCUAGUGUUAAUAUCCGAAUGUCGCCGUAUAAAUAAAACUACCUAAUUUAUGCAUUUUCACUUAAA